GCUUCUGAGUCAUGUGACUGCAGAAAAGGCUAUUAUCUCAAUGAAAAGGAAACUCGUUUUUAGAGCAAGCAAUAGAAUAGAAGCAGGAAGAAUUUUCGAGUGUUCCACCAUGCUGGAUUGUCAAAGGGGGAUCUGUCUGAUCAGCGGCUAAAAAAGGAUUUGUGAGGCUAGUUUGUCAGCUAUCGUUAGACACAGAUGAUAGAGGAGACGUGCGGCGGGGGGCUCAGCAUGUGCUUAGGUUUACAUCAAGGCGUAAUGCUGGUUUGGGUUAAUAGAGCAGAUUUAUCUCUGAGGCAAUAAAUUUAUUGCUAAUUGUGGGGUGGUUUUUUUUUCCUCUGGAAGAGUGAUGUAUGGUAUUUUUAUUUACAUCACUGGUGAAGAUAAAGACAAGCUGCUGCGCUCUGGUUUGAACUGCAGAGGCUGUGGACAAUUACAAGUUGCUGAUAUGUGUUCAAGAUGAGUGGGAUGGGAGAAAAUACCUCUGACCCAUCCAGGGCAGAGACAAGAAAGCGCAAGGAAUGUCCUGACCAGCUUGGACCCAGCCCCAAGAGGAGCACUGAGAAACGCAAUCGUGAACAGGAAAAUAAAUAUAUUGAAGAACUUGCAGAGCUGAUUUUUGCAAAUUUUAACGAUAUUGACAACUUUAACUUCAAACCUGACAAAUGUGCAAUCUUAAAAGAAACUGUGAAGCAAAUUCGUCAGAUCAAAGAACAAGAGAAAGCAGCAGCGGCCAACAUAGAUGAAGUGCAGAAGUCAGACGUGUCGUCUACGGGGCAGGGUGUCAUCGACAAGGACGCGCUGGGGCCCAUGAUGCUUGAGGCCCUUGAUGGGUUCUUCUUUGUGGUGAACCUGGAAGGCAACGUGGUGUUCGUUUCAGAGAAUGUGACACAGUACCUAAGGUAUAACCAAGAGGAGCUGAUGAACAAAAGUGUAUACAGCAUCCUGCAUGUUGGGGACCACACGGAAUUUGUCAAAAACCUGCUGCCAAAGUCCAUAGUGAACGGGGGAUCUUGGUCUGGAGAACCUCCCAGGCGGAACAGCCAUACGUUCAAUUGCCGGAUGCUGGUAAAGCCUUUACCUGAUUCAGAAGAGGAGGGCCAUGAUCACCAGGAAACACAUCAGAAAUAUGAAACUAUGCAGUGCUUUGCUGUCUCUCAACCAAAGUCCAUCAAAGAAGAAGGAGAAGAUCUGCAGUCCUGCCUGAUUUGUGUGGCAAGGAGAGUUCCCAUGAAGGAAAGGCCCGUUCUUCCCUCAUCCGAAAGUUUUACUACUCGCCAAGAUCUCCAAGGCAAGAUCACGUCGCUGGACACGAGCACCAUGCGGGCCGCCAUGAAGCCGGGCUGGGAGGACCUGGUGAGACGGUGCAUCCAGAAGUUCCACGCCCAGCACGAGGGGGAGGCCGUGUCCUACGCCAAGAGGCACCACCACGAAGUGCUGCGACAGGGGUUGGCAUUCAGUCAAAUCUAUCGUUUUUCCUUGUCCGACGGCACUCUCGUUGCUGCACAGACGAAGAGCAAACUCAUCCGUUCUCAGACUACUAAUGAGCCUCAGCUUGUCAUAUCGUUGCACAUGCUUCACAGAGAGCAGAAUGUGUGUGUAAUGAACCCGGAUCUGACUGGACAAGCGAUGGGGAAGCCAUUGAAUCCAAUUAGCUCUGGCAGCCCUGCCCAUCAGGCCAUGUGCAGUGGGAACCCAGGUCAGGACAUGACCCUCAGUAGCAAUAUAAAUUUUCCCAUAAAUGGCCCAAAGGAGCAAAUGGGCAUGCCCAUGGGCAGGUUUGGUUCUGGGGGACUGAACCAUGUGUCAAGCAUGCCAGCAACCACUCCUCAGGGUAGUAACUAUGCACUCAAAAUGAACAGUCCCUCCCAGAGCAGCCCUGGCAUGAACCCAGGACAGCCCAACUCCAUGCUUUCACCAAGGCAUCGCAUGAGCCCUGGAGUGGCUGGAAGCCCUCGCAUCCCACCCAGUCAGUUUUCCCCUGCAGGAAGCUUGCACUCCCCCGUGGGAGUUGGCAGCAGCACAGGAAAUAGCCAUAACUACACCAACAGCUCCCUCAAUGCACUUCAGGCCCUCAGCGAGGGGCACGGGGUCUCACUAGGGUCAUCGUUGGCUUCGCCGGACCUAAAAAUGGGCAACUUGCAAAACUCCCCAGUUAAUAUGAAUCCUCCCCCACUCAGCAAGAUGGGUAGCUUAGACUCCAAAGACUGUUUUGGACUUUAUGGGGAGCCAUCUGAAGGUACAACUGGACAAGCGGAGGGCAGCUGCCAUCCUGGGCAGCAAAAGGAGACAAGUGACUCCAGCCUGCCCCAGGGCGUGAGCAGCGAGCGACCUGACGGACAGAACAGGCUGCACGACAGCAAAGGACAGACCAAACUCCUCCAGCUGUUGACCACCAAAUCUGACCAGAUGGAGCCUUCACCCUUGUCCAGCUCUUUGUCGGACGCAAACAAGGACUCCGCGGGUAGCUUGCCUGGCUCUGGGUCGACACAUGGCACCUCGCUCAAGGAGAAGCAUAAGAUUUUGCACAGACUCCUGCAGGACAGCAGUUCCCCGGUGGACCUGGCUAAGUUGACAGCGGAAGCCACAGGCAAAGAGCUGAGCCAGGACGCCAGCAACACGGCUCCCGGCUCUGAGGUGACUAUUAAACAAGAGCCCGUGAGCCCCAAGAAGAAAGAGAAUGCACUACUGCGCUACUUGCUCGAUAAAGAUGAUACUAAAGAUAUCGGUUUACCAGAAAUAACCCCCAAACUUGAGCGGCUGGACAGUAAGACAGACCCUGCCACUAACACAAAAUUAAUAGCUAUGAAAACUGAGAAGGAGGAGAUGAGCUUUGAGCCUGGUGACCAGCCUGGCAGUGAACUGGACAACUUGGAGGAGAUUUUGGAUGAUUUGCAGAAUAGUCAAUUACCACAGCUUUUCCCAGACACGAGGCCAGGCGCCCCUGCUGGAUCAGUUGACAAGCAAGCCAUCAUCAAUGACCUCAUGCAACUCACAGCUGAAAACAGCCCGGUCACACCUGUCGGAGCCCAGAAAACAGCACUGCGAAUCUCACAGAGCACUUUUAAUAACCCACGACCAGGGCAACUGGGCAGGUUAUUGCCAAACCAGAAUUUACCACUUGACAUCACAUUGCAAAGCCCAACUGGUGCUGGACCCUUCCCACCAAUCAGAAACAAUAGUCCCUACUCAGUGAUACCUCAGCCAGGAAUGAUGGGUAACCAAGGGAUGCUAGGAAACCAAGGAAAUUUAGGGAACAGUAGCACAGGAAUGAUUGGUAGUAAUGCCGCCCGGCCCUCUAUGCCAUCUGGGGAGUGGGCGCCACAGAGUUCUGCUGUGAGAGUCACCUGUGCUGCCACCACCAGUGCCAUGAACCGGUCAAUCCAAGGAGCUAUGAUUCGGAAUCCAACAGCCAACAUCCCCAUGAGACCCAACAGCCAGCCUGGCCAAAGACAGAUGCUGCAGUCUCAGGUCAUGAAUAUAGGGCCAUCUGAAUUAGAGAUGAACAUGGGGGGGCCCCAGUAUAGCCAACAACAAGCCCCUCCCAAUCAGACCGCCCCGUGGCCGGAAAGCAUCCUGCCUAUAGAGCAGGCGUCUUUCGCCAGCCAGAACAGGCAGCCGUUUGGCAACUCUCCAGAUGACUUGCUGUGUCCACAUCCUGCAGCGGAGUCUCCAAGUGACGAGGGCGCGCUCCUGGACCAGCUGUACUUGGCCUUGCGGAAUUUCGAUGGCCUGGAGGAGAUUGACAGAGCUUUGGGAAUACCCGAGCUGGUCAGCCAGAGCCAAGCAGUAGACCCAGAACAGUUCUCAAGUCAGGAUUCCAACAUGAUGCUGGAGCAGAAAGCCCCUGUGUUCCCGCAGCAGUAUGCGUCCCAGGCCCAAAUGGCCCAGGGUAGCUACACUCCCAUGCAGGACCCGAAUUUCCACGCCAUGGGGCAGCGGCCUAGCUAUGCCACCCUCCGCAUGCAGCCCAGACCCGGCCUCAGGCCCACGGGCCUGGUGCAGAACCAGCCAAAUCAACUGCGACUUCAACUACAGCAUCGCCUCCAAGCACAGCAGAAUCGCCAGCCACUUAUGAAUCAAAUCAGCAAUGUUUCAAACGUGAACCUGACCCUGAGGCCUGGAGUACCGACACAGGCACCUAUUAAUGCACAGAUGCUGGCCCAGAGACAGAGGGAAAUCCUGAACCAGCAUCUCCGACAGAGACAAAUGCAUCAGCAACAGCAAGUUCAGCAGAGAACUUUGAUGAUGAGAGGACAAGGGUUGAACAUGACAUCAAGCAUGGUGGCUCCUAGCGGAAUGCCCACAGCCAUGAGCAACCCCCGGAUUCCCCAGGCAAAUGCUCAGCAGUUUCCAUUUCCUCCAAACUACGGAAUAAGUCAGCAACCUGACCCAGGCUUUGCUGGGGCCACCACUCCCCAGAGCCCCCUGAUGUCGCCCAGAAUGGCGCAUACACAGAGCCCCAUGAUGCAGCAGUCUCAGGCCAACCCAGCCUAUCAGGCCUCCUCUGACAUGAAUGGAUGGGCGCAAGGGAAUAUGGGUGGAAACAGCAUGUUUUCACAACAGUCCCCACCACACUUUGGGCAACAAGCCAACACCAGCAUGUACAAUAACAACAUGAACAUCAAUGUAUCCAUGGCAACCAGCACAGGUGGGAUGAGCAGCAUGAACCAGAUGACAGGACAGAUCAGCAUGACCUCAGCGACCUCCGUGCCUCCGUCCGGGCUGGCCUCCAUGGGCCCCGAGCAGGUUAAUGACCCUGCUCUGAGGGGAGGCAGCCUUUUCCCAAACCAGCUGCCUGGAAUGGACAUGAUUAAGCAGGAGGGAGACACAUCACGGAAAUACUGCUGACACCGAAGGUGGCUGGUUGCGUCUUUCUUCAGCCGACUGGGCUCACUUGCUCAAAACACUUCCCCGUCUGGAGAGCUGCGUCUACUCGUUUUGACCCUACGACCUGCCGGCCAGUUCAGCCCGAGCAAGCUCCGCAGACGGGCCUGGGCCCUGGCUCGCAGAGGGAGCGGGCUGCUCGCAGGGGGAGCGGCCCCUCCUCUCGACAGCCUGAAGCUUGCGUCCAGACAGUUGCUCAGUCUGUUCACUGCAUUCACCUUAGUGCAACUUAGAUCUGUCCUGCGAAGUAAAUGCUGACAGGCGAAUUUCACACCCGUGUCAGAUUGAAUGUAUUUAAAUGUACGUAUCUAAGGAAACGACCAUGCUCUCGUUGUGUUCCUGUUUGGUUGCAGACACUGGUUUCUCGCUUUGUUCUCCCUGGCUAACCAGUCCAGUAUAAAAGAUUCAGAUUUCAUCCGAGGGAAAGAAAAAAGAGUUUAAAAAAAAAAUUCAAACUACAGGUGUUUUAAGCUAAAGCCUGCGUUUGGGAUAAAAAGCAGGCAGAUACCAUGGACAGCGCUGUACGGACAGACACCCAACCAGUGAAGACCAAUAAAGUCACAGUUGUAUCUUUAUAGACAGCUCUCAAGACCAAGUUGGAAAGAGUUUCCAGUUACUGAACAGACGAAAAAGAGCCUGUGAGAGGGCUGUUAACGUUCACAAGUAACUUUUUCCUUUUUUUUUUUUUGUUUUUUUGUUUUUUUGUUUUUUCUUUUUUGUUAAAACCAGAUUAGUUCAUCUAAAUCGUGAAUCAAGACAUACUUUUCAUGUCCAAGCUAAGCUCUCUUUAGAUUGACCCGACAGCUUGGAUUUGCACGUCCACUUCCCCUCCUGGUCCUGGCCCUUCCCUCCCCCUCUCUGCCUUCCCCACCCAGUUCUGCCCACUUUCAUUCAUUUUUCUAAAAAAAUAAUAAAAGCAACAGAAACCAGGUAAACCCUUUAGUUCCUAAAUGUUUUGCCAGCCACUUACCAAUUGCUAACUAUUAAAUUUCAGAAGAAAAAAAAAAUCUUUUUACUGGCAAGGAAAGGAGCAAAGUUAGGACUAGGGACCGAUGACACCGCGGACACCUGCUUUAGAAGCCUGUUCGUUUGUUCCCCGACGACGCUGGCCUACAAGAUUGAAAGUCACGGUGUGUUUCAAAUCGACAGCAGAUAUCACGACAGAUGUAACCUCCGCCCUGUGUUUUCUGUUCUGUUUUUUAGCAGUGCUGACCUAAGCCGAAGUUUUGUAAGGUACCUAAAAUCCAAUUUAUAUGUAAACAAGCAAUAAUUUAAGUUGAGAAUUUACGCGUUUUAAUUGUAUAAUUUUUGUGAGGUAUACAUAUUGUGGAAUUGACUCAAAAAUGAGGUACUUCAGUAUUAAAUUAGAUACCUUCAUAGCAAUGUCUCCUAAAGGUGUUUUGUAAAGGAUAUCAAUGCCUUGAUUAGACCUAAUUUGUAGACUUAAGACUUUUUAUUUUCUAAACCUUGUGAUUCUGCUCAUAAAUCAUUUAUCUAAUCUCUAUGAUAUGCAGCCGCUGUAGGAACCAGUUCUUGAUUUUUAUAUGUUUAUAUUCUUUCUUAAUGAACCUUAGAAAGACUACCUGUUACUAAGCAGGCCACUUUUAUGGUUGUUUUUCUUGCCCACUCUGGUUGGGGAAUAAUCUUUUAUUAAUCGGUGUAAGUUUCAGAUGACUGCAGUACCAAGAAACUGAUAACCUUUUUUGAGCUAUUUCUCCCCAACUGCUAAUACACAUACUUUCUUACCUAAAUUUCAGAAUGAUGUCUUUUUGAUGUCAAAAAAGCAAAGCCUUUUAUAUCUCACUUAGCCAGGCUUUUUAGGAACAGAGAGGUUUUUCCUUGAAAUUUGAUCGUUUAUUUGUGGCAGGGUGAAAAACAGACAAACUACCCCUAUUUAUAUGCAUAUCUCUCCCUAUAUGUAGAAAUUAUGGAUUAUAUAGAGAGAGAUAUAGCCCAAAGAUAAAUGGUAAGUAGACAGUGUGAAGGUGUUGUCCAUACUAAAAAAAAUUCAUGGAAAUUUGCAUUUCGAUCCUUUUUUCCACUUGAGAGGGGUCUCACUACAGGGAGGUGGCCAAGGAACAGCGCUUCUCGGCGGCCACCAGUUCACACGUCCCCCCUCGAAAGGCUCCACUUCUGUCAACCAAACCACUGGGUUGCCCCACUGUGACGGAGAAAACGAGCAGAUGUCAGCCCAGAACUCCACAGCCCCGUCGGUAGGAUGAGGUGUCACACACACACAAUUUCACAUGACCAGUUUUGAGUUGCUUUUUAGACAUAUGUGACUUAGAAUGACUGUAAACUUCACACAGCACAACAGAGAAAUGGGGUUUAAACUGGAUUUGCUGUUUUGAGUUUUAAGUCUCUUCUCACCAUAACAUUGUCCAAAAACUUACCUGUGUGCUGUUUAUUGUUUACCCAUCUGCCCACUGUGUUGUAAUGUCAGCCCCAAGUCAGACGCAUCUGCGAACCCUCCAUGCCAGUCAUUUUUGAAUGAUUCAUGAUCAUGCUGUUUUGAAGGAAAAGAGAGUGUAAAUUCUCUUAUGGCUCAGAUCAGGGAAUGGAUUUUUGCUUUACAUCUAAUUAAGAGAAGAAGAGUAAGUGAAGGAACCUCCGAUCAUAUUGAUCACUGUCGAAGCAAAAGCCAAAUCGAUCCCUUCAUUAUCAGUAUUCCUCAUGCUGUGCGCAGUCAAUUUGUUAGACCGAGUCCUUGGUUUUUGUUUAAUAGAACAAAGAAUCAGUGUUUUACUUAUAUGACUAAAUGUGAAAAAACACAUAAUGUGAAAAGUAUACAUACAUUAACUUGGUUGUAAGACUCAUUUGAGUGUUCAUGUAAUGUGGUAAGUUGAAAAAGUGAAGUGAGCUGUUUUACUGCAAUUAAUUCGUUCGACUCAAAGAUGAAAAUGCCCCCUCCCACGUGUAUCUCUUAUGGCCUGUAAUAAUUGAAAGCAAUGUUUUCGCAGUUUAUAUAAUGCAAUUUUUAAUCUGUGUUCAAAAAUGGAGUUCAUAUGGGCUUAACACAUGAAAUGGGUGGCACAGAUCCACUUGUAGAACCCAAAGAUACACAAUCAAUUUUGAAAUGCAACUUAAGCCAUUAAUUGUUGGUGUAAAUUUAAAAUUUUCUAGUAUUUGUAUGGUAGUAUGCUGCCUAAGAGCAAAGCAUUCUCUGCACAAAAGAAAAUUACUGUAGUGGCUUCAAUUUUAAUUAGAAUUUUCUCCCUGGUGUUUCUUUAUAGACUAAAACAAAAUCUUUUAAGUUUCUUACUACAGGUAAAAGCUAUGUGCAAGAACCUCAAAAUGCUAAAAUCUAGCAUAAUGCCUUAGAUCUGUUUUUAAGUCUUGUAUAUUCCUACAUAGCUGUCUGAUGUAUUAUAUUUGUAUAGUGAAUUGUGUACAAUUUUUGAAUAAGUGCAUCAUCACUUAACCUUUAUGUAGUUGAGUAGUGAUGAUGACAUAUUUCUGCAAACAUUUAACUGUCGUUUUUUUUUCCUUUGUCAUUUGUGAGUUUUAUUUGUACAGUUCCUCAUGAAGUUGCAUCUGAGAUGUGUGUAUAUGAAAAGAUUAUACAAGGGUAAAAUUAAGCAAUAUAUUAACUAUGGUUCUUCAGGAGAAAGCUUACAGUGUUUCAGGUUGUGAUUUAUUUUCAAAAUGGAGUUGACGCUGAACAUCACUUUGUUCACCUGCAUUGAUGUUUGUAUUUCUAGUGUGAGCAGUUUAUGCAAAGGUAGAUAUAUUGAGAGAAAUUUUAAAUACAUUUAUGCAAGUUAAUAUUGCUUUGCUGAUGCUCUUUGCUUAUUUGAUGUUAAAUAAUGCUAUUGUAAAUAAAGAAUUCUGUUGUUAUUGCAUCAUUUAAUAAAUUUUAAUGCCUUCGGGUUUUACAUGGCUUUGGA